AUGUCGAAACCAGGUAAAUGUUGGUUCCUACCAAUCGAUCUAGAAGUCCUAAUCAUUAGUAGUAUAGCUUCUGUCGCACAGAACACAAACUCUGUCACCAGCGCACUACCCUCUAAACAGACAAGCGAUGCCACCCUCGGAACGCGGAUCGAAGCCAGCCGCGUCGACGGUAGCAGCCAGACCAAGCGGAAUGGCUCUCAUCGACGUGAUUCCUACCAAAAUGUUGCCUCCGCCCAAGCAGGUGCUGACGACAACGGGGAUGAUACCACCGGGUCUUCAGACCUCUGGAGUGCAGCAUACCGUGAGGCGGUUGAAAGCCUCAAGGGAGAUGUAGACGUCGUUAUUCUCAACAGCAACAAUGUCGCGCAGCUGUUCAGGAAACUUGACCAGCUUGACAAGGAAGCAAAUCAGGAGUCUGCUUUCCUGAGAGGAGUUAAGUAUCUGCAAUCUGUCAAGGUACCGCUUGAGAGAUUCAAGCUAGCACUAGACCUAGCCAGCCCUCUGACAAACCUGGAACCAACCGCGACGACGGUUUUUGGCGUAGUCCGGAGUAUAACUGCGAUCGCCAUCAGCCUCGCAGGUGCUGACUUGGAAUUUGCUAAGCAAAUCGGGGAGAUGCUGGAGCAGAUCUCCUACAUCGACGAUUGCGACACGCUCGGUCAAAAAGCUGACCGGGCUGACAUUCACAGAGUAAGCGUAUAG